GCAGUCCGCUCCCUCCAUUCUUAUCCACUUCGCUGCGUCACCCCUCCUAGCGCUUGGGUGCGCUCACCACUAGGUCAAGGAAGGUUCGGUGCCUGGGCUCAAAAUUACCCGCCCGUUCUAGAUCGAGUCACCCCACUCACACUCCCUCCACCUCUCUUGUCGCUACAGCUCGUGGUCUGUAUUUUUUACAUUUUAACCCUUUCUCUGUUCUUCUCCUCCAGACAGAGGGACCGCUCUCCUCCACGGCACCCCCUCCUCCAAUCCGACCAAAUCUGGCCGAAUCGAAGCGGGGAAGCUUCGGAUCUGCGUUCAACAAGGAUGGCGGAAUACCGAUUGUUGAAUCAGUUCUACGAGAAGGACCAUAGGGCUAGGCUGAUCAAGCAUGAUCAGGUCCUUCCUAUCCUUCGACCGCGAACCCAUGAUUGGUCGCAGGUUAUGGUGUACGACCACCGAUACACACCACUCCUUCAGCGUGCCGGACUGCAUGUCAUCGCCAACCUUGUUCGGCGUGGCAUGCCUACAUUCAACCCCGCUGCUCUUACUGCUCUCAUCGAUAGGUGGCGGCCAGAGACUCACGGUUUCCACCUACCGUGUGGGGAGAUGACGAUCACAUUGCAAGAUGUGGCCAUGCUCUUAGGUUUGCCGAUCCAAGGCAAUCUUGUGAUUGGUCCUGCAGUGUCUGACGGUUGGCGUGAACGAGUUGAGCAGUUCUUGGGGACACAAUUGGAAGUACGUGAGGAGGGCAGACACGGCCGCGUAUCUGGAGUUCGCUUGCUCUGGUUGAGGGCCAUCUUUGGAAGUUGUCCGGACGACGCCGAUGAAGCGACAGUGACGUUCCACGGCAGGGCUUGGGUGGUGCUGCAUAUGUUUGGGUCAGUCCUGUUUCCUGACGGUAUGGGUGACUCGGCUUCGUGGAUGUACAUCCACUGUCUUCAUGACUGGGACGAGGCUGGAGGGUAUAGUUGGGGCUCGGCGGUCCUAAGCUUCUUGUACAGACAGCUUUGUGAGGCAUGCAGACGCCACACGCCGAAUUCUACAUAGUCGGGAUGCAUGUUCCUCCUUCAGUUGUGGAUGUGGUCCCGACUACCAGUUGGUAGACCCAGGGUGCUUUAGCCUCGUCCGUGGCACCCUCUUGGUGUGGACGAGUUGGGCCCUACAGUGGUGUACCUUUGGGAUAACGUGGCGUCUCCGUACGCGACGACUCAACACACGUACGUGGAGUACAACAACGAGUUGGACGCCCUCAACCCUUCUACAGUCGUCUGGGAGCCGUACUUGGACCCUGAAGUACUUGGGAUGCCUCUCAACCCAAUGUGCACGCAAGAUCAAGAGUUGUUCACCAUUAGGUGCCCUUUGAUUUGUUUCUACGCCGUGGAGAUUCACCUGCCUCACAGAGUGGCCUGUCAGUUUGGGUUCAAGCAAAUUUGCCCGCAUGAGGAGCUUUCGAUCAACAUCGACUGUGACAAGUUUGAUCGGGUGCGCCAAAGAAAAGUGACAGACUUUGCUCAUCACCACCAUGACAUGGUUGACUGGUGGAGGCGCAUAGAGGAUAGCCCUAGACUAGGUGGUCCCUCUCAUAGCAGAGCUAACUUCCGGCAAUACUUGGCAUGGUACCACAGUGCUACACGGUACAAGCUACGUCAGAAGUGGAUGGGAGAUGACUACGCAGAUAUAGCUUCCUCCAAGGAUGAGGACACCAGUUACGACAUCCGAACUAGAGAGUGCACUGUAGUGGAGAUCACACCCAUCCUUGAUAGAGUGGGUUCUUCAGUUAUGCGGUCCGUGCACAAUAUUGAUAACACUCUACGCUACCCAAUUGGCAGUCCGGGGAACGGGGGGCGCAUGAGGGAGAUGUUGGAGAAGUUGCAGAGGCGCCUCCGUAGAACUGCGGCUCGCUGCGGAUGCUGUUGCGCAGUGUCCACCGAUGUGGCAGUGCCUUCCUUGUCUCACCGAUCGAGGGCCUCCACAGCCUCAGCUACAGCAACACCAUCGUCUCACAGAAGCGCACAUUAGUCGGUCAUGCCCAGCUCCUCACGUACAGCCAAUUUCAGCAACCACCAGGACGAUGAGGACGAGGGCAAUGAGGAUGAGACCGAGGAUGAUGAUGCCGAUCAGCCGCAGGACUAUGAUGAGAUUGGAACUUCGCAGCUCCAAGAUGCUCCUUGCGCUACUCAGCCUACACCUCGUCGAUGCCGCCCUCCUGCUCGUCACAUGCUAGGCACUAAUGCACUUGCAGGGGUAGCAGACGGUCCAAGAGGAACUGAUUUGUGCUUUUCAGUAGUUGUUCAUACGUUUUUCUGAACUUAUGUGUGCUUAUUCCGGAACCUUAGUUCUCAAUCUGAACUUAGUUGAGACCAUGUUCUGAAAAUAGUGAUGUGCUGUUUCUGUUCGGAAUUUCUGAAUUUUCAA